GUAAUUUAUACAUAAAGCUGUAGUUACCAGACAUUGUAAAUAAACAUGUUGUUUACAUAAUUUAUUUACCACCUAGGAACAGAAUAAAGGGGGUUUGAACAUGAAGCUUGUUGUGAACUUGCUCGCUGACACUGAAGAGGGUGUAUGUGAAGAACAGGCUCUCUCAGCUACUGAUGAUAAAAAAUUGAAAUCAUGCUUUCCACCCACCAAAACCCCACAGCACAAUAACGUUUUAAGAUUAGGCACACCCGAAGACAAAGUUGUCAAGGACAUGUCUGACGAGAUGCAAAAGCUGGCACUCGAGAUGACAGGCAUCCACACGUUUGGCUACAAAGCUAUGCUCCACCAAGCAGACCCUGUCACCGACAUGCUCCUCUCCCGGCAGCAGGUGGGCAAGGAUGUGCAGGGGGACAUCAGCCAUUUCCACACCCAGAAGCCGAGUCCCAAGAAACCCCUGCGCCCUCGCUUCCCCAUGAUCACUGCCGAGCACAGGCUGAUAGACCACUGCCAUGCCGGCAUCAACCUGGAGGUCUCCCACAUCAUCGAGAGAGGCCACAGGGCACGCGAGCGUGACGUGAUGCACAGGAAGAGGGCUGAGCACGUCGUGCAAGCCCGGGCAAGGAGGAAGGAGGCCAGGGAACACAGAGACGUCUUCAUUGAGGGCUGCAGGGAGAAGGUGCUGCUGCGGAGAGAGCAGGAGCAGGUGGAGCUGCAGGACACGCUGCUGCGGCUGAAGGCCCGUCAGAACCAAGAAAUCCAGCUGGUCAAGGAGAGGUACGCCCUGUUCUUGGAGAGAAAGAAGCUUCAGCGCGAGGAGCAGGCUAAGGUGGAUGACUUAUGCUGCCGCCACAUCUCCCUGUGUAAGGUCAUAGCCAGCCAGAGCACCCGAGAGUGGCGAAACAUCAUGCUGCAAGAGAGGCAAAGCCUGACGACGUCCAUCCGGGCACACGCAGCGAGGCAAAAGAAGCGGGUCCAGAAGUACUUCGAGCACAGGAAACAGUUCAAUAAAGAAAGUGCCAGGAGGUAUCAAAAGACCUUGGAAACCUACAAAGAGACAUUGCACAAUAACCUGAUGCGGGCAGCCAAGGUCCGGGCGGCUAGAAUAAAAGCCAGUAACGUAAAGACAGCGGCCAGGAUAUCCCUGGUGCUUGAGAAAACCCACAUAAAUCUGAAGGAAAGUUUAAACGAAAAACACUCAGACAUCUCACAAACACCACAAAUCGCAGAAGACAACAGAUAAACCAUCGAAAGAA